AUGGGAGACCUUUUUUCCUUAUUUUGGGAGGUGGAUCCUCCCCCCAUACCUUUAAGUUUUACCAUUCCAAGUCAGGAAUAUGAAUGCCGGAAGGAUGACUCUUGCGGGACAAUAGGGAGCUUCCUGCUUUGGUAUUUUGUCAUUAUAUUGGUCCUGAUGUUCCUCUCUCGGGCUUCUGUCUGGAUGUCGGAGAAGAAAAAGGAUGAAGACAGUGGGACCAGCACCUCAAUCAGUAAAGCAAGCAAAGACACUUCCUAUAAGCGGCAAAGCAAAGAUGGUGACUGGGAUUCUUUACAAAUGAUGAAAAAACCCAAGCAGAGCCAACUCACCCCUGUAACUGACUCAGAAGUGGCUUUGGUCAAUGCCUAUCUUGAACAAAGACGAGCCAGGCGCCAUUCUCAGUUCAGCCAGGUGAAUCAGAUCCAACACGAUAGUGAUACUACUGAGUGUGACAGUGAAGAAUCAAACUCGGGAGCCUCCUCGUGGAAGGAGAGUGAAAGUGAACACCAUCCAUCACCAGCUAGUAUUAAGAAGAGAAAACUAGCUCAGAGGCCAAGGAAUGUGGGAAGUUGCCAAAUCAGGGAAAGGCCCUGCCUCCACUGCAAAGCCAUGAGAACCAAUGAAUGGUUGACCCGCCACUUCCUUCAAAGUACUUCAGUAACCCACAUGAAGGGAGAUAAUCAAGAGGAAAAUUGUGUACCUGACAUUAAUACAAAAUUCAGUAAAUUUUGA